AUGUCCGCUCCAACUGUCUCUGACAUACUCAACAGGCCCCCGGCGAUCUCGGAGGACACUCUGCAGUAUGCGCUCUACCCGCGAGAUGAUCUCACCGAUCGCGCUUCUGCGACCACUCUUGCAACUCUGAUGUGUUCCUACGUCGACAUAUUGCUCCCCGAUCAUCUCUGGCACCGUGAUGGCUUUGAGCUCAAAGUGGUAGAGAACGCAGACGGGGACGGCUGGAUGCUCGAGGGGAGAAUGAGAGUCGGGGACUGUGUUGAUGAUGAAUGGUGUGCGGUCUGGCUGCUGAAAGAGCUCAGUGCGAAAUGGGACGUCGUGAUGAGCAUCUUUGAUUCUGACGGUGAAUUCUUGCUCAUUGAAGCAGCGGAAGCUUUACCCGCAUGGGUCACGCCUACAAAUGCUGAAAAUAGGGUCUGGAUCUACCAAUCUCGCCUGCACCUCAUUCCUCUCCUACACGUCUCUGCCCCAUCUAGCAAACCCCAUCGCAGGCGUUACCCGCGUACAAAAGACAGCGAUGACGAAGGCGACUUCACUCAGGACGAUGAUGACAGCUUCAUCUCUGUGUCUGAUGCUCUGACAGCAGUACGGGAUCCGCUGGUAGAUACACUUGCUCCGCCAGAAGUUGAGCAGCACGUCUGGAAGAGAAUCUCCGGAUAUCCUACUGCUGCUCGACAACAUGUCCACGUCACAAAGGCAUACCUCCCUGUCAACAUCGCUAAGGCCUUGACUGUAGACGCCUCGCUGGUGCAAAAGCCGAUUGAGACGUUCUAUACCCGCGACGCUUUACAGCUACGUGCAGCCCACAAGAUGUCGCGCUUUCCUCCGGAGCCUUCGGUCUUGACAUCCGUGAAGAUGACACGCACCUCGUAUGCGCAGCUCGUAGGUCAGAAGUUUUACUCGCCGAAGAUAUUUGGGCGAUGGCACGAGCAAGAAGGCACGAAGGAGUGGAAAUGGCGAGAUAUUGGUAUGAAGAUUGCGUGCGGCUUCGAGAUGACAUACCAGGAGAGUAAAGGUCGCGCGGACGCUACGAGGAUAUCUGCAGAGGCCAUGAAGUUAUCAGCUACGGCGCGCAAAGAGACACUGAAGUGUAAUCCCGAAUACGCGAAAUACAUACAAAACCUCGCAUCCUCUGGUUACUUCAAAGGGGAGCUCGAAGGGUCUCAGCUUUGGAAUGAAUUGGAAGAUAAGGCUGUGGAUGCAUUCCUAGAAGCUCGGAGAGAAGACGAUGCGAGUAGACCUUCCUUUGCCACCGCUGUCAACACCGCAUUGUCUCGCACGGAGGACUUCACUGUCACAGCUCUCGAUGAAGACGACUCCGACGACUGGCUCAACGUGGAUGCUGGCUCGUUCGAUUCGAUGCUGGAACAGAGCUUUGGCACAAAAGAUUCGUCAAAUGACAUGGAUGUCGACCCGGACUCAGCGGAGGACCGUGUCGCAAAGCAACAGGCAGCCCGCUUGCACGAUUUCGCCAAGAAAGUCGAAGAAUUUGUAGAGGGCCAGGGCGACGUUGAGGGUGCGAGAUUCGCGGACGAACAAUUGUCAGAUGAAGAGUCUAGCGGCGACGAUGAGAGUGAAGGCACGGAAGAGUCCGACUUUAUACCACCGGCUCAGCCCCAAGGCAAUAUGAGCGCGGACGAGCGAGCCCGGAGGCAGGCAGCCAUGGAUAAGCUCGUCCCUCCAAUCGAUGCAUCGGACUACGGUAAAAUGCCAGCAUCUUAUCACGCGAAUUCACAAAGAGUUGCCCCCACGACCAUGGAGACAGAGGUGCGAGAGGAUACCCUAUCUCAAAGUUCUACCGCGUCUGGUUCCGGACCGCGUCAACGGCCGAUUCGACCUCCCAUCAUUCCUCGUGACAAGUAUGAUGGAGUUGACUCAGAUGACGAGACAGACGAGGAAGAUGGGGGUGCCAGUGAAGAGGACGAGGAAGACAAACCGCAGGUGGUCGGUGACAUCGAGAUUGACAUGGAAGAGGAGGAAGAAGAAUUUCUGGAAUUCGCUCGGCAGGCACUGGGUGUGUCCGAUGAGCAGUGGGGUGAUAUUGUACGGGAUCGCAAAGACCGGGGUGCGUAUGUACCCUCGCAAGUCGUCGCAGAGAACAAACCGAAGGCGGCGCCGACAACAUCUAACCAGGACGUAGACGGGGCUGCGACGAAAACCGACCACAUCCGUAUGCCGACUCCAGGGCCCCGGCCAAACGUCAAUCCCAACCUGGAUUCCUUCGAAGCUGUCAUGCAAGCCAUGGAUACUGAACUUGCCCGGAUGCGGUCGAGCACAGACACCGCUGCCGCUGGGAAGACCCGCGCCGCGGAGAAAGGUAAAGCGAAGGCAAGCGCAACAGACAGUCAGGAUGUCGACAUAGAAACUGCCAUGGACGCUGAACUGCGGGCGGCGCUCGAGACAGACCAGAACGGCGGGGACGAAGAUGAUCAGGACGGCCAUGGAGAAGGACUGGAUUACAAUUUGAUCAAGAGUUUCCUCGAGAGCUUCAAGAGUCAGAGCGGCCUGUCAGGUCCAGUGGGAAAUCUGGCAGGGAGAUUGCAGCCGGGAUGGACUCUGCCUAGGGACGAGACUUGA